AUGACGCCGCGGCUUCCGUACGCCGUGGUUGUGACCGACCUGGAUGGGACGCUUCUGCUGCCGGACGGCGGCAUCAGUGCGCCUAGUAGGGAAGUUCUGCAGCUUCUCUCGGAGAGGGGCGUGGAGGUUGUCUUGGCAACCGGGCGCCACCACUGCGACGGCGCCGCUAUUCUGCGCGGCCUGGAGCUGCCACGCCCGGGCUACCUCAUCGCCGCCAACGGCUCCCGCGUGCACAGGAUUGCGGGGGCCGCGUCGCCCGGUAAGGCGGCGGGCUGCGCUGCGAUGGAGCUUCUGCUGCAGCGCAAUAUGGACGCUGACGUGGUUUGCGACCUGCUGCAGCUGCUGCCUGCGGACGAAGAAGAGAUCAGCGUCAACAUCUUUCAAGGGGAUGAGUGGAGGUCGAGCCUCGACUGGAGCGACCAACUCGAGCUAUACAAGCUUAGCGGCUUUCGAUACAGCCUGGUGCGGCCGCUCGACCUGGUUGCGCAGUACUGGCGCUACCUGGAGCGGGAAGGUACCGAGGCGGGGGGCGCCAGCAGCCAAAACCCACUCUCCGCGGUAGAAAAGUUGGCGUUUGGGUCCGACAACACGGAACGGCUGCACGCGCUGGAGCGCGUUAUUGUGGCGAUGUAUGGGACGCGAACAGAGGUGGCCUUCUCUUCCGCCUGCUGCCUGGAUGUUUGCCCCUUGGGGGCGGCUAAGGCGAACGCGGUGCAGGAGUUGGUCGCGCGGCUGCCCAGCAACGGUGCGCAACUCUCCAUGGCGGACUGCCUCGCCUUUGGCGACGGAAUGAAUGACCUCAAGCUGCUGCAACUGGCUGGAAAGGGCUGCCUCAUGGGCAACGCGCACCCACGGCUGAAGGAAGCAUUGCCGCAGCUGGAAGUGAUUGGCCGCAACACGGAGGACGGUGUCGCAAAAAAGCUCCGGGAGAUCUUUAAUUUGUGA